AUACCGGUCAUAAAGUGUUAAGUUUACUUUCACUCAUGAAACGGUCGGCAUGAUAUGCUUAAGAAAUACUUGGCGGCGGUAAGGUCAGUCCAGUUAGAGCCGUACCCAUAACCAUACCGCAUACCAGAUUUGGUGCCUAGUGCUUGCUCACAUGUGCGUCGUUUUCGGCCCCGGUCAAACAGUUCUUCGCGAUUAACACCAGCAAGUUUUAUACUUUAGUGGCACGAUUUACCAGAAAAAAACACAUACAGAAUGUUGGCCAGAAACAGUUUGCUGUUUCUCGUCUGCGUCGUCUUCGUUGCCUCCAACAAGCUCAACAUUUCCUAUCAGUGGAAAGUCUUGGACUUUGACUAUGGAAGCGUGGAAAAGCGAGAAGAAGCCAUAGCGGACAAGUCCUUUAUUCCCGAGAAUAAUCUUCCAUUGGGGCUGGAAGUUUACAAGAACAGGAUUUUUGUCACAGUUCCGCGAUGGAAAGCCGGUGUGGCCGCUUCAUUGGCUUAUAUCGAUAGAACAAAGGAUCCGAUGGAUUCUCCGCUACUGAAGCCUUACCCCAACUGGGAUGCUCACCGAUCAUUUUCCGAUGAUUCGCCUGAGAUCGUCUCGCCCUUUAGAAUUCGCGCGGAUCAAUGCGGAAGAUUGUGGGUUUUAGAUACCGGCAUUGAAGGCAUUCUAGAAGAAAGUGCCAAGGCUUUAAAGAAUACCACUCUGAUGAUUUAUGACCUGCACAACGAUGAAUUGGAGCGCAGUUUCGAACUUCCUUACGAUCAAAUGACUGAAAAUUCGCUUUUUGCCAAUAUUGCCGUGGAAGAUGAAGAUUGCGAAAACACUUUUGCGUAUCUGGCCGAUUUAGGCGGGCCAGCCUUAGUUGUGUACUCCUGGAAGCAGAACCGUAGCUGGAAAAUCAAGCACAACUACUUCCACAUCCAGCCUGUAGCUGGCGACAUGACAGUGGCUGGAAUCAACUUUCAAUGGACCGAUGGAGUGUUUGGGCUGGCGCUGCGGCCGGAAAAAGACGGUUUCAGUACCCUGUUCUUCCACCCAAUGACCAGCUUUGAUGAGUUUUCCGUCAGCACCCGGAUCCUGCGAGAUGAAGCUUUGGCGACUAACAAAAGCGCCUACUAUGAGUUUAAAUAUUUAGGAAGCCGCGGCCCGAAGAGCCAAAGUGGGGCCUCGUUUUUGGACAAGAAAACCGGAGUUUUGUUCUACGCCCUCAUGCAGCUGAACGCUAUCGCUUGCUGGAGAACCACCAAUCCUUCUUACACCAUGGAGUCGCAAGGCCGAGUCUACAUGAGCAAUGUUACGAUGGUUUUCCCCAACGACGUGAAAGUGGACAAUGAGAGCAACGUGUGGGUGCUCUCAGAUCGAUUGCCUCAGUACAUGUACAGCUCUUUGGAUUACAAUGAUGUUAACUUUCGAAUACUCUCUGCUAAAGUGGGGGAGGCCAUCAAAGGAACCGCGUGUGCUUCCAAGUUGGUUAAAGAUCCAGACAUAAUGAACAAAAUUGCCACGAAAUUCCUUGGCGGAGACAAAAUCAAACCUGGCGCCUCUAUGGGAGUGUCCACUCGCCCUGUAUAUUUAGUGGGCUUGCUUGGACUUGUGCUUUCGCGGUGGGUCUGAAGACAAUUUGCCCCGACAGAUUUGAUGGUUUGAUUUAAAUUUUGAGAGCUAACUGUAGUAAUGCACUCAGGUAACUGAACCCCAAAGAACUGUUGUUUUAUGGUUUAGGAGCAACAUAAAAUAUUAUUUCGUUCUGAAAAUUUUUCUCUAUUAUCCAAACAGUUAAUUUGCAAAAAAAUUGUAGUAGUACUUAUAGUAUUUAUCUAAUUUAUUUCCGCUAAGUCCUUGCGAGUGCCAAUAGUCUUAAGAUCACGUAACCCUACAAUUCAACUUUCCGUAAGGCUAAUUGUACAUUUGUAUUAUUGUAAAUAAUAUACGAUUUAUAUGCUUGUUUCCUAUUUGGUUUGGCGGUACUUAAAAUUGUGUCAUGUUAUUUUGUAAAUAUGUGUUUAGCUUGUACUUAUGUAGCUAUGUAAUGUAGACGUUUUAAAUAAAAAUUAAAUAUUAACGAUAA